UUUGCAACAAAAUUUCAUUCCUCUUUUUAUAUUUUUCAUGAGUGAAAACUAAUCAAUCUGUUGAUUAAAUCGUUCUUCUAAUCACUCAACUAAUUGUUAUUAUUUGUCUUAUUUAUCUUUGUGAAUUGUUCUUUGUGGAAAUUCAGUAAAAAUAAUGGGUGUAGUGUUUAUUAUCACAUUUUAAUUGUUUUUAUGCUUCCAUCUGUUUCAACCGUCCCAUCAUAACCAUCAGUAAACCUGUCAUAACCUUUAUCAUCAAGCAAAUUUUAAAACAUGAAUCUACUAUAAUGAACAGAGAAAGGAUCUCUAUUUCUAUGGUGUCUUCGAUAGUCAAGAAAAUAUUUUUAUUUAUUUUUUUAUUAAAUUAUCAUGAUUGUGAUCCAGUUGAAAGAUCGGAUGCCUUGAAUCUAGUCAACCAGUACAACAGUGAAAACUCUAUCGAUCUAGGUUCUAAGGAGCUGCGACAGACCAAAUCGGUGAAAAAAAGUUUAAAUAAUUUUAAUUACAACCUUACAUAUGGAUGGCCGGUUAUUGGUGCUCAACUGGGUCAAAUCAGUGCAGUUGACAUUGAUCUUGAAGGCAAUAUUGUUAUCUUUCAUAGAGGAUCUCAUAAAUGGAAUGACCUGAGUUUUAAUAAUCUUAAUAAUCAUUACCAGCAAAUUGCGGAUGGACCCAUUCCCAUCGCCACUGUAAUAGCCAUUGAUCCCAAAACAAGAAAGCUUGUCUACAGCUGGGGCGCUAAUCUUUUUUACCUACCUCAUGGCUUAACCUUUGAUACCAAAGGAUAUGUUUGGUUGACUGAUGUUGCACUCCAUCAAGUGUUCAAAUUCGUCGCUAAAGGUUCAGAUAAGCCUGAAAUGGCGUUAGGUGAAGCAUUUGUUCCAGGAAACGACGAUAAACAUUUUUGCAAGCCAACUAGUGUAGCAAUAGAUUCGAGAAGUGGAGAUUUUUAUGUUGCUGACGGUUAUUGUAACUCAAGGGUCAUUAGAUUUAACAGUGAAGGCAAGCUUCUGAAUCAGUGGGGUCAGCCUGAAUCAGCUGCACCCACUCCUUCUGUUAAUACUUUUAAUAUUGUACAUAAAGUUGUACUUAUCGAAGAGUCAAACACUGUCUGUGUUGCUGAUCGAGAACACGGAAGGAUUCAAUGUUUUAAAUCACCAUUAGGUGAAUUCAUAUUUAGUAUAUCUAUCAAUGAGUUUUCUGGUCGACUUUUCUCCAUUUCUUACUCACCUUUUGGAGGAGGUAUUUUAUUUGCUGUGAAUGGUGGAAGUUAUUUUAAUCCUGAAGCACCAAUCAAGGGUUUCCUAUUCAACUUAACAACCCGUGAACUUUUGACUUCUUUUGGGGAUUUCAAGCAACCCCAUGACAUCGUUGCUUCUAAAGAUGCUAAAAGUGUAUAUAUUGUCGAAAUUGGACCAAAUUGUCUUUGGAGAUUCGAAAAAGAAGUGCCUAUCGGAUCCCCAAUUUUAUCACAAAAUUCUGAUGGAGCAACUGGGACUAAAUUAUCGUUGCCGUUGAAGAAUUCGAGUAACUUAAACAUAGCGCGUACUUUUAUUCUUAAAUCACAACUCAUUCCAGCGAAGAUUGCAUCUUUAUCAAGUUCUCCAGCUCUACUUUUGGUGCUUGUCCCUUUAAUAAUAUCAGUCAUUAUAAUUAUUUUAAUUGUUCGUCGCAGAACCUCUCGACUUAGUAGCUAUUCGCCAUUGCAGGAAAUCAAAGGAUGGGUGACGGGCUACAAAGCUACAAAGAACGAGCUAAACCUUGGUAGGAUUUUACAUGAUCCUAAAAGAUCUGGAUUUAAUCAAUUAGCUAUGGAUGAGAGUGAUAAUGAAGCAGAACUAAUCAAUGGGGAUAUUCACAGUGAAUCUGAAGUUGAAGAGUUCAAUGUUAGUUCUAUUCGUAAAAUUUAAACCAAAAUCAUCAAAAAUAUAUAACUUCUUUAUGUAUUAUGAUAUGGUAUGAAUCACACAAUUAUUAUAGCAGUUUUACUCUGAUUCAAUUAUAUUUGGAUGCCAACAAAAAGCUGAUGAAAUUGGUUCUCUAAAUGUACUCAUCCAUCUUUUUGCAACAUCGAAAUUUCCUUCUCAGGAAGUUGUUUUUUAUCAGUUUUUUACUAUCAUUUAUCUCCAUGGAACAAAUUGACGUCAAAAAAGUGAAAAACACUGACUGCAGUUACAAUUGUUUUCAAGAUUUUAAAAGAUUCCGGACGACUGACCACCAAACGUAUUUAAAACAAAAGAAAGAAAUUUAUAAUAAAACAUGAAUAUAUUUAAAUUAA